UGCAUUAUAGACCUUGUUCAAAACUUUCUUUCCAAGAUUCUUAUAAAACUUGAAUUUCUCUACCAUUUUCAUUGAUCCUGUUUCUUUGAUUAUAAUCUUCUGAAGAACAAAGAUGAUGAUAAGAAGCACGACCAGGGUAGCACGGGCCGUGUUAUGCCACAUGGGCCCACGUUAUUUUUCGACAACCGCCUUGCAUGGCUGUGUAGCAAGUGAUGUGCAAGCAAUUAGGGGUGUUUUUCGCGGCACAACCACUUUCUUCCAUGGCAAUCUUGCCCAGAGUUCUGAAAAGGUGUUGGUAAGGUGCAUGAGGUUGCCGGCGGUUGGUGGUGCGCGUAAGGCGAGCACUUUGGCCUUGGGUGACAAACAGCAGGAGGAAGAGAAGAAGGUGCAAGGAGGCGAAACUGGUGGUGCCGCCGCUGCCGGUGGGGGCAAUAAUAACAAGGGAAUAGUGAGUUAUUGGGGCGUGGAGCCUGCCAAGAUUACUAAAGAGGAUGGCUCUGAAUGGAGGUGGAACUGCUUUAAGCCAUGGGAGACCUACAAGGCUGAUCUGUCUAUAGAUCUGAAGAAACACCAUGCCCCUGUCACAUUCUUAGACAAGGUGGCAUAUUGGACCGUCAAGUCUCUCAGAUUUCCGACAGAUAUAUUCUUUCAGGUAUGUUAUUAUAUUCUCUAGCUUGGUUUAAUAAAA